AUGGAUUGUGGCAAGAAUCUGAAAUGUGGAUAUGACAUUCGCUUGACGUGGCAGGAAGAUCAUGAGGCUCGGGGCGUGUCUCACGGUCGGACUGGUGUGUGGUCCAAGGCUGGGCGGUCUCCCACCACUGCACCGAGACAAGUCUUCGAUGCCAGCAAGAUGUUUGGAGUACCCGAUUUUCCGAACAUUGAGAACCCUCGGUUCUUGAACACCACGUUCAACGAUGUCGAAAUGCACUUCGGCCACGGUGAUGCCGAGGCCGGAGUUGAUCAGGCUGAACGCGAAGAUGAUUUGAUGAUUAACGACGAUUGGGAUUUCAUGGAGUAUGAAGAUUUGAAACCCGACCCUGGGUCGCCGCAAAGAGCCUUGUCAUUGAUUUCUCGCGCCGGCAAGAUCUCUCAGUUUGACGCCUAUUUAAUCCCUCAUUUCGAGGACGUUAUCUGCAGUAGCUCCACGCUACUCGAUGACGAGAGGUACAACCCAUAUAGACAUGUUCUCUUCCCCAUGGCCAUGGAUUCUCGAUCUCCUGGUGUCUACCAUGCAACAAUGGCCAUAUCAGCGAAUGUCCUCCGACUGGGAAACCCACAGUAUGGCGUUAUUGCGCUCGGCCAUCGGCAAAAAGCCUUGCGAAGACUGAUCACCCUGCUGGGACCGGGAGGCGCCGAUACCAGCCAUGAGAUGGAUGAGAUGCUUGGAUUGGUUCUCAUGUUAUGCUGGUUUGAGAUUUCCGAUGGUUGCAGUCCUUCGUGGGUCAAACAUCUCAAUGGCUUUCGCAGAAUCAUAGAACAACACCAAAGGAUAUCUUCCCGUCAAUCACCGCAUAGCAUGAAUGUGGGACAGUUCUUCAUGCGAUACUUCGCCUUCCACUUGGUCCUGGCCAAAACUACAUUCCAGUCCGAAGAAACCGAUGCUGAUGAAAUACGCAGCCCAUCUCCCGUCGCUUCCCCCACCGACGAUCACAAACCCACAAUUGGCGAAGCAAAUGAAGAUUCAGAUCCUGCCCUCGCCCUGUCGCCUUCCAGCUCGUUCCUAGCCGCACAUAUGCCUGACGAGACUAUGGAUGAGAUCGAUCUCUACAAGGGCUUCAGCGACCGCCUGCUACUACUCAUCAAUGAGAUCACCGAUCUCGUUCCCGUCGGCAAGACGGCCGAAAACAGCGCCAUCUUCACCACGAAAGCACGCCACCUGAAGUCCAGCCUGGACACGCUGCAACAGCACUUACCCGAAAUCCUAACUUCAGCCUCUAGCCCACCACCCACCACCUCAAAGCCAAACUCAAACUCAACCUCAACCCCGCCCAGCCUCACCGCGCGCAAAGCCGCCAUCAGCGCAACGGCCGAGACAUACCGACUCGGCGCGAUAAUCCUACUGCACCACAUCCUGUCACAACCGCACGCGGCAUCCAGCGUCGCAUCACACGUCAUCAUCCACGCGCGCGAACAACAAGCGGCCAUCGCAAGCAUCCUGUCGACGAUCUCGCACCACUUCGAGACCAUGAUCCACUCGGCCGCGCUGCCGCUGUGGUCGCUGUUCCUGGCGGGCUGCAGCGUCGACGACGAAGAACAGCGCAUCGCCGCCCUGCAGAUCUUCGAGGCCACCGAGGACCGCAAGCGCUUCGGCAACGUCAAGCCCGCCCGCGAGGUCAUGGAGAUGGUGUGGCGCCAACGCGAUCUGGGCCGUGAUCAGAGACGCUCCGCUGCUGCCACUGCGAGGAAAAAUUCAGCGGACCACUCCUCCGCUCCGGUCAGAGGCCAGUAUGAGUGGGAGCGCGCCAUGGUCUUGCUCGGAGGCUGGAAGAUCAGUCUGACGUGA